ACACCAGCUCUCUCUGGGCACCAUCUCCACCAUCUGUGAUCCUCCUUGUGUCUGCGUUUUGCCAGGUGGACGUAAUCCCCCCCCCACCCACAGCCACCAUUUCAGCCCCGGAGAGUUCCAGGCUGGCAGCGCAGCCCCUUCCCAGGCUGAGCAUCGGGCGCAAGACCCUGGUGGCAGCUGCAGUGGGGGUCAUGCUGGUCCUGUUUCUGGUGGUCCUCAUCCCUGUGCUCGUCAGCUCCGUUGGCACGGGCGGCACAGACGACAGUGUCAGCCACUAUGAGAUGCUGGGCACCUGCCGGAUGGUGUGCGACCCCUUCCCCAGCACUCCGAGCACAGGCGUGCACACGGCCACGGAUGCAUCCACCACCAGCUUUCUGGUGGACAACGAGGAGGAUCCAAGUGACCACAGCAUUGGGCCGCCACUGCCCACCUACAGCGCUCAUGGCUCGCAAGGUAAACUGGGACGUCCUGGCAAGCCUGGACCCCCAGGACCCCCUGGGGAGCCAGGUCCACCAGGACCAAGAGGGCCACCAGGAGACAACGCAGACCUUGUUCGGCCGGGGAUUCUCGGGGCAGUUAGCACGACCACCUACAACACCACCCCUCGGGUGGCAUUUUACGCAGGACUACGAAACCCUCAAGAAGGUUACGACAUACUGCGGUUUGACGACAUUGUGACUAACAUUGGUGGUAACUACGAAGGCGCAUCGGGCAAGUUCACUUGUAAAAUCCCAGGAACAUACUUUUUCAUCUACAACGUGCUGAUGAGAGGAGGAGACGGCACCAGCAUGUGGGCUGACCUAAUCAAAAAUGGCCUGGUCAAGGCCAGCGCCAUCGCCCAAGACCAGGACCAGAGUUAUGACUACGCCAGCAACAGUGUCAUACUUCAUUUGGAUGCGGGCGAUGAGGUUUUUAUAAAACUGGACGGGGGCAAAGCUCACGGGGGCAACAGCAACAAAUACAGCACCUUCUCAGGGUUCAUCCUGUACGCUGACUGACGACCGGACUGGUCGCGAGCACAGAGGUGAAAGAUCACAGGUGGCAGACA